GGACAUCUUUUGUCCAAGACGAGUUGCCGUACUGCUUCGGUUGCGGCUUUAUGUUCUGUGGACGGUUUGGGCUAGCCUCACUCGUUUGCUCUUUCUGAACUAGUACCAGAACGUACCGUAGCGGCAAUGCAAUACUUAUGUGUAUUUCUGCAGUACUUUACUUUACUACAAGAUUUUUUUCUUCAAUGUUGCGUCAGGACAAACUCGUUUAGUCGCACUUUGAAUCUUCUGGCGCUAGCCUAGCUUGCGAGCUAACAAGGAGACCACAUCGGCUGUGAGUGUAAAGUGAUGCGAUUAUCGCGAGAGAAUGUGCGCAAGAAGCUUAGCAAGGUACGAGGAGGAACUUUGCGGAACCAAAGCGGAGGACGAGCAACAACCUCAAGUCCUGGACGCUGUUCCGAGGCCUCCGGUUGUGUUACACAGAACAGGCGACAGUGAAGGAGAUCUUCGCCCUGAGCAGCAGGAGCCAGAGCCCCCCUUCAUCAAAAAGGAGGAGCCAGAGACGCCACAUUUUAAAGAAGAAGAGCAGGAGGAUGAAAUCCUCAAGUUUCCAUUCACUGGGGUCAGUGUGAAGAAUGAAGAUGACGGCGAAUGCGACGGGGACCGAUGGGGAGGAUCCCAAGCAGACGGCCUCUUCGCUCCUCUUUCAGAUAGCGACGACAUAACAUCGCACUCUUCUGACCCCGAUGACGACGAUGGUGAUUAUGUUAACGAUCGUGCUAAUGAUGAUAAGAAACAAGCGACAACGACAAGCCGUACUGGCAGCAAACGUGUUAAAUGUUGUCACUGUGACAAAACUUUUUGCAACAAUUCUGCAUUGAAGGCGCAUACGAGAACGCACACCGGAGAAAAACCUUUUGCUUGCUCAAUUUGUGGUCAAACAUUCAGUCGAAAGUCACAUUUAAAAACACAUGCAAGAACACACACUGAGAAAAAAAAUUUUGUCUGUUCAGUAUGCGGUAAAAUAUUCUCCACAAAGGGAACUUUAAAAAUACACACAAGAGCGCACACUGGAGAAAAACCUUUCGGCUGCUUAGUGUGUGGGAAAAAAUUCUCUAUAAAGGAAAAUUUAAAAAUGCACACAAGAACGCACAGUGGAGAAAAACCUUUUGGCUGCUUAGUUUGUGGGAAAAGUUUCGCUGUCAAGGAAAAUCUAAAAAUGCACACAAGAACACACACUGGAGAAAAACCUUUUGGCUGCGUAGUUUGUGGAAAAAAAUUCUCUACAAAGUCACAUUUAAAGAGACAUACAGUAACACACACGGGAGAAAAACCUUAUGCCUGCUCCGUUUGCGGUGAAAGAUUCUCUGUAAAGUCACGUUUAAAAGAGCACACGAGGAGACACACAGGAGAACAACCUUUUGUCUGCUCAGUUUGUGAUAAAAGUUUCACCAGCAAGGCAAAUUUGAAAAAUCACACAAAACUACAUACUGGCGAUAAACCUUUUGGCUGCUUAGUUUGUGGGAAAAAAUUCAUUCAAAGAUGGUCUCUGACAGCACACACAAGAACACACACUGGAGAAAAACCUUUCGUCUGCUCAUUUUGUGGAAAAAGAUUUGUUCUGAAGGGCGAUUUAAAAAGUCAUACAAGAAUACAUGCAGUAGAAAAAAAAUUUGUCUGCUCAGUUUGUGACAAAGGAUUCAAUGAUAAGGGGAACUUAAGGAGACACGCAAAAACACACACUGGAGAAAAGCCUUUUGCCUGCUCAGUUUGCGAUCAGACAUUCACCAGAAAGGCUAAUUUAGAAGGUCACAUAAGAAUACACAGCGGGGAAAAAUCCUACGCGUGCUCAGUUUGCGGUCAAACGUUCACUCGACGACGCUUUUUGACAGCACACGCAGCGACGCACACUGCUGAGGUGGAGUGUGUGUCCUAAAAGGGUCGACGUGAAGAUUCGCGAGUGUGCCGGUGAGAAGAGCAGCGGAGGCUGGCGUGGUCAUUGUCGACCUCUUUGCUGUACUGUAUUCAUUCCUGACAAUCCAUUUUAACAAAUUAUGGAGUGUUUAUUCUCUUUAAUCUAUGCGUGCAUAUUUGUGUGCCUAAUUAAACCAUGUCACGUGACUGCCAUCUAGACCAUUGUUUUGUAAACCUUGCCUUUGUUAUAAUUUUUAUAAGUUUACCAGCCAUUUUCUUCCACCCGACCAUUUUCUUCGCCGCUUAUCCUCAAAAGUGUCACGGGGAGUGCUGGAGCAUAUCCCAGCAGUCAACAGGCAGGAGGCAGGUUACACCCUGAACUGGUUGCCAGCCAGUCACAGGGCACCAUCAAUGAGCGGGAAUCGAUCUCCCCUGUCCGCACCAAAGUCAGGCGUGUGUACAACCAUCAGUGACA